GCAUGCGCCGCCCGCUCUGCGCCACCGGCCUAGAUAGGGUCGGAGAUCACUGGGAAGGUGGGGAAGGUGCAGGGUUGGGUCCCUGGAACUGCAGUCAGUGAUCCAAAGGAGUGGGCCUGUUAGGGGGUCACAGGUCGUGGGAUGAGCACUUAUGAGCUCCGGCUAAGUGCCGGGCUCUGGGCUCUGGGGUGCCCUUGGCAUGUACGGGCCCCCCUAAUUCCCAAGACCACCCGCCCCCAACCCACUUCAUAGAUGCGCUGCCUGACCACGCCUAUGCUGCUGCGGGCCCUGGCCCAGGCUGCACGUGCAGGACCUCCUUGUGGCCGGAGCCUCCACAGCAGUGCAGUGGCAGCCACCUACAAGUAUGUGAACAUGCAGGAGCCCGAGAUGGACAUGAAGUCAGUGACUGACCGGGCAGCCCGCACCCUGCUGUUGACUGAGCUCUUCCGAGGCCUGGGCAUGACCCUGAGCUACCUGUUCCGGGAACCGGCCACCAUCAACUACCCGUUCGAGAAGGGCCCGCUGAGCCCUCGCUUCCGUGGGGAGCAUGCACUGCGCCGGUACCCAUCCGGGGAGGAGCGUUGCAUUGCCUGCAAACUCUGCGAGGCCAUCUGCCCCGCCCAGGCCAUCACCAUCGAGGCUGAGCCAAGAGCCGAUGGCAGCCGCCGGACCACCCGCUAUGACAUCGACAUGACCAAGUGCAUCUACUGCGGCUUCUGCCAGGAGGCCUGUCCCGUGGAUGCCAUCGUCGAGGGCCCCAACUUUGAGUUCUCCACGGAGACCCAUGAGGAGCUGCUGUACAACAAGGAGAAGCUGCUCAACAACGGGGACAAGUGGGAGGCUGAGAUCGCCGCCAACAUCCAGGCUGACUACUUGUAUCGGUGACGCCCCACCAGCCCGCAGCCCCUGCUGCCCAAUAAAACCGCUCCAAUCCCA